AUGGUGUCGCGCAGAACAUCAGCAAGUGCUGAGACCAGCCCCAGAGAAGGCCCCAGCGACGAAGAAGACAUACAUGAACUGGAGAAAAAGCAAAGCCAGGCGAUCGAAGAAGGCCAUGAUGCAGACAUACCAUCCAGUGCUGGCUAUAUCCUCGACGCACGAGGGGAGAGGAAGCGCAAGCUUUCCCUAGCAUCCAGGCGAAGGUCCAUGGCUUCUAAGGAAAGGGUCGACUUAGAAGGAGGAGACAACUCGGUCGAAGACAGUGCGGGCGACGUCGACUCGAAUGAAGUUUGGUGGGAUGGUCCCAAUGACCCUGAGAAUCCGUAUAAUUGGCCAACCUGGAAGAAAAUAUUCAAUUGCGGGCUGGUGAGCGCAAUGACUUUCGUCGCGCCUCUUGGCUCAUCUAUCUUCGCUCCUAGUGUUCCCGAAGUCAUGGCUGAGUUUAAGUCCAACUCGUUGACAAUUGCGUCCUUUGUCGUGUCGGUCUACAUCCUCGGAUUUGCUUUUGGGCCUCUCAUCAUCGCGCCCCUUUCCGAAAUUUACGGACGACUCCCAGUGUAUCACGCCUGCAACCUAGGAUUUGUAGCCUUCGCCGUUGGGUGCGCGCUUGCUCCCUCCCUAAACGCCCUAAUCGUCAUCCGUUUCUUCAGUGGCCUCUUUGGAUGUGCCACUGUCACAAUAGGCGGAGGCUCUAUCGCUGACAUGGUCGCUCAAGAGUAUCGAGGCGCGGCAAUGUCUAUAUACAGUAUAGGGCCCUUGUUUGGGCCAAUCGUUGGCCCGGUUUCUGGAGGUUUCCUCACUCAAGCGGCUGGCUGGCGCUGGACCUUCUGGCUGCUGGCCAUUCUCUCUGGGGUUCUCUCCAUUAUCAUGGUGUUCGCGAUGAGAGAGAGCUACGCUCAUGUUAUAUUAGAGCGCAAAGCUGCCAGGCUACGGAAGGAGACCGGCAAUGGGCUUCUCCACUCCAGGCUCGAUAUUGGUCUGUCUACGGGGGAUUACUUUAAAAGAGGCAUCAUCCGGCCGCUCAAGCUCUUCGUUCGCUCUCCCAUCAUUCUGAUAACAUCAAUCUAUAUGUCGAUAUGUUACGGGUAUCUCUAUCUCAUGUUCACAACGAUGACAACAGUUUUUCAAGAAACAUACGGCUUCAGCACCGGCACAGUCGGGCUGGCCUACCUUGGGCUGGGAGUCGGCAACAUGGUGGGGGUUGGAGUCUCCAGCUUGACAUCAGAUAAAUACCUGAAGAGGAAAGCCGCCCAGGCCCGGGAAGCAUCCAACGAAGAAGGGGCCGAGCUGAAUUUAAAGCCAGAAUACCGACUUCCCCUGUUACCUCUGGGUGCUGCGCUGGUUCCAAUCGGCCUGUUCAUCUAUGGCUGGACUGCCCAAUACCGCGUCCAUUGGAUCGUUCCCAUCAUCUCCCACGUUCCUAUCGGGGUUGGGAACUUACUCAUCUUCUUAGCUAUCCAGAUGUACAUCGUCGACUCUUUCACAGUCUAUGCUGCGUCGGCACUUGCCACCAAUACUGUGGUCCGAUCUAUCGCUGGAGCGUUGCUACCCCUGGCUGGACUGCCAAUGUUCGAAAAGCUAGACAUAGGUUGGGGAAAUAGCUUGCUAGGAUUCAUUGCUAUACUUAUGGUUCCAAUAGCAUUUGGGAUGAUCAAAUGGGGCGAAAAUCUGAGGAACAGAUUCCCGGUUAAGAAUCUUUAA